AUGGCUUUGAAGAUCGACUUGGAAAAAGCCUACGAUAGAUUUAAUUGGGACUUUCUUGAAUUAGUGUUAUCCAAUACUGGGUUUUCAGAUGCUUGGAUCAAUAAUAUUAUGAAGUGUGUCAGCUCGGCUACGUUGAAAUUACUAUGGGAUGGUAAAAAAUUAGAAGGGUUCAAGCCUUCUCGAGGGGUUCGGCAAGGUGAUGCUAUGUCCCUUUAUCUUUUUGUUUUAUGUAUUGAGCAGUUGAAUAAUAUGAUUGCUGCAUCGGUCAAUGAGGGGUUAUGGAAGCCUAUACCUAUAUGUAGAGGAGGACCAGCUAUAUCUCAUUUGAUGUUUGCCGAUGAUAUGGUCCUCUUCGCUGAAGCCUCGGUUGAGCAGAUGGGUUGUAUCUUGAAGAUUUUGAAUGAUUUUUCGCUUGUGUCUGGGCAGCAAAUAAAUUUCAGCAAGUCCUCCAUAUUUUUCUCUCCAAAUAUUACUUCAGAUUUGGCUGAAAAUUUAGUGAAUAUGGCAGGGAUGGCUAGAACUGAUAGUCUUGGCAGCCAUCUGGGGAUGCCUUCGUUUCAUGGGAGAGUGGGUCCAAUUUCAUUUUGGGAGGUUAUUGACAAGAUGAAAUAUAGAUUGUCUGGCUGGAAGGCCUCUACGCUUUCUAAAGCAGGGAGGGUCACUAGGAUUAGCUCGGUUCUUAAUGCAAUUCUGGUGUUCUUAAUGCAGACUACAGUGCUUCCUGUUUCAGUUUGCAAAGAAAUGGAAAAGAUAUGUGGAGACUUUUUAUGGCAUGGAAAUUCUAGUGAUAAGAAGUUGCACCUAGUCAAUUGGGCGACGGCGACUAAGCCUAAACAUAUGGGUGGACUGGGUAUACGUUGUAUGAGACACAUGAACCAGGCGCUUGUGGGCAAGCUAGCAUGGCGAGCUUUGCAUAGUUGUGAUGAGUUUUGGACUAAAUAUUCAUGGCUGUCUAUAGGACCUUUAAUUGAGUUCACUUUGGUGCCUGCUUCCCAUUUGAGUCUAUCAGACAAGAUUCACAACUACUGGAUUGAGGGUGUAGGAUGGAAUUGGGAUGUCUUGAGGGAAGUUCUUCCCCAAAAUAUUUUGAGCUUCUUGCAACCGUUAACUCUAUCUAAUGGUGUUGAGGAUAUUGAUGGCGUGAUUUGGAGCAAAAACUCAUCGGGUAGGUAUUCUGUUAAAUCAGGAUAUGAAGUUCUUUUAAAUUCUAAUGGGGAAGACCUUCAGCGGGUUUGGAAAUGGAUAUGGAAGGCUAGAGGAACACAGCGGCUUGGUGCUGAACAAAUUGAGAAUAAUUUCUUUCGUAUCAAUGAUGUGUUUAGGUGGCUGGCCUCUAAUUUACAGAGUAUUAAUGCUCAGAUCAAUGGUGUUUCUUGGGAUAUUGUGUUUGCUGAGGCUAAAACGGUUCAGGUGGCAUGGCAGAGAGACUCGCUGCACAAGGAUGGGUUGAAGUAUUUAUCUUUCAUUGCUUGGCAACCAGGUGGCUUAGGAUGGGUAACUGUUAACACAGAUGGUAAUGUGAAUUCUCGUGGUGGAGGUUGUGCUGGUGUCUUCAGGGACCAUUUCGGUCGCUGGCUUGGCAGUUUUACGCUUGCUUUGGGUAGAUGUGAUCCUUUGGAAGCGGAGUUGUGGGGGAUUUACAGUGCUUUAAGGUUGACUUAG